GACUGAAAUUUUGAAUUUUCAUUUUUACGUUUUCUAUAAAACUUAUAAUUAAGUGUGUACUUUUUGCAAUAAAAAUGUGAAAUGUUAUGAGAGUUACAAUGAUAAGACGUAGUUGUACCAGUAUUUAUAAAAACGUUCAACGUUUUUGUAGAAAAAUGUCUGCAAUGAACACGAAACCGUUCACGGUCCUCGUGGAAGGUAACAUUGGGAGCGGUAAAACUACCUUUUUGGAGCAUUUCCGCCAAUUCGAGGACAUAACUCUUCUCACGGAGCCCGUCGAGCAGUGGCGCAACUUGAAAGGAUGGAAUCUAUUGGACCUGAUGUACAAAGACCCAGCAAAGUGGGCGAUGACGUUCCAAGCUUAUGUGUCUAUGACUAUGUUGGACAUGCACCGACUUCCGACGACGACGCCAGUAAAGCUAAUGGAGAGGUCACUAUACAGCGCCAGGUACUGCUUUGUGGAGCACAUGCGGAGAGCAGGCACAUUGCAUCCAGCGCAGUUUGCUGUCCUCGAUGAAUGGUUCAUGUUCAUGCAGAGAACUACCAACAUUGAUGUGGAUCUGAUAGUAUAUUUAAAAACAACCCCUUCAAUAGUACACGAGAGGAUAAAGAAGAGAGCUCGCUCGGAGGAGCAGUGUGUACCACUGUCUUAUAUUGAGGAGCUUCAUAAACUACACGAGGACUGGCUUGUUAAUAGAACUCAUGCUGAAUGCCCUGCUCCAGUGCUUGUGAUUGAUGCCGACCUAGAUCUAUCACAGAUCACAGAAGAAUACAAGAAAAGCGAGCACCAGAUCCUAAGGCGAGCUGUAAACGUAGUUAUGCAGUCACCGACAAAGCUGAGUCCAAAGAAACCUAUUACGACCACACCUAUCAAAAUUCUCCCAAACUUAAGCCUAUGAUAUAGUAUUAUAGUAUUAGUUGUUAAUUAUGUUUACAUGACCACAUCACAAAUGCUUUCAUUGUCGUGAUAUUAAAAAAAAACAAAUUUUCAAUAGAU